AUGAGCAGCGAAGACGUUCCAGCCGAGCCCGUGGCGGCGAUGGAGAUCCCCGACGUGAUCGAGCGCCUCCCCAAGCCGGACAAGGCCGAGCACGACGCCAAGAUCGCUGCACUGGAUACCACCAUCAAGAAACUGCAGGCGCGCACGAACGUGAUCCACGCUGAGAUGGACGCGCUCAAGUCGAACCGCGGCGGCUUUGGCGGUCCAAUCCAGGAAGCUAAGGCCGCGUUUGCUGCGUUGCGGGCGGUCAAGGACAAUCUGAUUCAGCAGCGGAAUCAGAUCACGGCACGUUUGCGCAAAUCACGCGACGCGAAAGACUCGACCGUGAAGCAGCAGCGCAAUUUGCGCGCGAACCUCAAGUUUGGGUCCGAGUCCGAGUUUACGGAGGCCAUUGCGGCGUUGAAGCACAAGCAGGAGACGAGCACCAUGUCGCUGAAUGAGGAGAAGCGAGUGAUCAAAGAGAUUGAGCAGUUGCAGGCCCAGAAACUUCAGGUCAGCGCGUACGUGGGCGACCAGAGCGUCGUGGAGAUGCAGAACGACAGUAUCCAGGAACUGCGUACGUUGCAGACGAAGAAGAAUGAAGAGAUUGACGAGCUGCAGGAGAAGCUGAACAAGCAGAAGCAGGCACUGGAUGAGCUGUAUCGUCUGAAUGAGGAGGAGAAUCAGAAAGAUCGAUUUCCAGUGCUGUCGAAAGAGCGCAAAGAAAUUAAGGAGCAGCUGGACGAGGCUUUCACUGCUUUGAAGGCCCUACGGAAGGAUUUUAAGGACGCAAACGAUAAGUACUACAACAACAUUCGUCUCGUGCGCAAGAAGAAGGAACUUGAGCGUCAGAAAGAGGAGGAGAACCGUAAAGCCGAGUACGAGGCAAAGCUCGCCGUGUACGAAAAAGAGAUGGCGAAGAUCCAUCCGUACCAGAACGAGAUGGACCUUUGCGAUGCUCUUGUGAUGUUCAUCGAGAGAACGUACGCCAACGAGCUAAAAAAUGUGGGCGACAAGGCUGCUGAUACUUCUGCCGCUCCUAUUGAGCUAGAUGGUAUGAAGCCGUUGGAGCGCAAGGAGGAAGACUUUAUGAUGCUCGGUGGUGGAGGUAAAAAGGGAAAGAAAGGACGCCAAGGCAAGAAGGUCAAAAAGCCCACCAAGCUGGUUUUGCCGCUCGCGCAGAUCAACGCUUUCAGUACUAUUGGCCUGCUGCCGCCGACUGCCGUGGAUGCUGUCUCGGCGACGCUAGAUGCCGUGAAAGCCAAGAAAGCCUGGUUUAACGAGCAGACGCCAAGCUCGCAGACUGAGAAGUCUUCAGAGGCCGCUGUUGAAUCUGCUGUCUCGUCCAAGGAGGCGUCCCCAAAGAAGAAGAAGAGCGACAAGAACAAGAAGUUUAAUGCCAGCGACAAGGACGCGUUUCCCUCGCUCGGUGGUACUACUACCGAACUUCCGUCGUGGGGUCCAGGCAUGGCACCUCCUAUUGCUACCGAGUUCGCUGUGGCAGACGAGUUUGCUGGCGCUGACGUCGUGGUCGCUGAGUGUGCUGAUGCUGAUGUUGUUGCAGCUGAAACUGCCGGUGUCGUGGCUACCGAGUCUUCUGAUGUCGUUGUCGUAGCAGAGGAUGAAUAG